AGACUGUGAUCCAUUGAAUGAUGAAGUCAGUGGUUUCAAUGGCACCAUAACACACUGUCGUCCCGACACUAUCCUUUAUAAUGCAUCUGGCUGUAUAUGUGAAAAAGAAUAUAGGAUGGUGACCUUUGUGGGAACUGAUGAGUGUAUUUGUGAGACUAUUUCCUCCUGGACCUAUCCACAGGGGUCUGCAAAGCACCAUUUCAAUUCAAGCUGGAUUGAAAUUCCCUACCACUGCCAAUCAAAUAUAUUUAGAGAAAAUGACAAUGUAAUGAAGUGUUUAAAUGCAACAGAACAAAGUUCCUUGGGUCAUAGCAGCAGCUUCUAUUGCUUAGUGGUGGGGUCUACCUUGAGCCUCUUGUCAUCUGCCUGUGAAACUGACAACCAGACAUCUUCCUUGAAGGACACAGCUGAAUCCUUUGAAAAGCUCGUCAACAAUUCUCUCUGGAAUAUUGAGGUAAAAGAGGAGGUUGUGUCAGCUGUCAUGCUGGUUGUGGAAAGUCUGGGAUCUACUGCGGUAAAAACAGCUCUCUCAUCUCCAGAGACACCCAUCCAAACUGUGACUACUAAGUCAGUAGUUAUUCAAACACAGCUCAUUAGUGAAGAACAAAUUUCCAAAAGAGAGGCUGUCAGGCUAGAAGCUCAAGGAGACCAACUGGACAUUCAUCCAAGUGCAGUGGCUAGGACAGCCACUCAAGGAUCCAUUGUUGUGGCUUUUUUAUCAUUCAAUGGGCUGGAAUCACUCUUAGAAAAUUCUUCUUCCCUGCAGAAUAUGACUCUGCAGAAUGGCAGAAAACUGGAAAACAUUCAUAUGAACUCCAAGGUUGUAAGUGCUGCUACCAGCAGCUGGACAAGAAAUAUUUCAAGCCCCGUCAACCUCACUUUUCAUCACCUUGAGGACAAGAAUCUCCAGAAAGAGACUGUUUGUGUCCACUUGAGCUCUGCAAGCAAGGAUAGUGCCUGGAUUCCUGAAGGCUGCUGGCAUGUGCAUUCUAACAUCUCUCAUACCAAAUGCAGUUGUCAAUAUCUGUCUACAUAUGCUGUGUUAAUGGCUACCACUCCCAAGCAAGCAAAGUCAGAUCAAGAGCGAAGGAUCUUAUGUCACCAUACCCAGUGGAAUUUGUUUGACCUUCUUUUUACAUUCUGUUUUCUGUAUCAGAUCAAUACACUAUUUUUCUGCCUUAUUCUGAAGAUCUUGCAUGAGAAACUUGCAUCUCUCAAUUCAAAAGUAUCUACCUUGAAAAAUACCAGAUUGCUGACAUUUAAGGCCAUAGCUCAUCUGUUCAUCCUGGGCUUGACUUGGUGCCUAGGUCUCUUUCAGUUUGGACCAUUGGCUGAUAUUAUGGCGUAUCUGUUCACUCUUACCAACAGCGUACAAGGGGCCUUCAUCUUCCUAGUUCACUGCUUGCUCAACAAAAAGGUGAGAGAGGCAUAUUGGAAUUGGAUUUGUUGCCACAAAACUAUCCAGCCUCCUUCUACCAUUAUAUCUAUGACUGGUGCUCCCUCUAGUGUUACCACGGAAAAUGUGCAAACUACUACUUCAACAUAGCAACAGAAAGCAACGUGGAAGAGAAAUCCAUAAUCCAAUAUUCCUUUCCAUAUUUCCUACAUUGGCCUCAUCCUUCCCUGCUCAUCUUCAGUGGAUUGAACGUGAAGAGACCAUUUUUAACAGUGCUAGUCUUCUGCAUAUCAAAGCAAUAGUUGUGUACUGCCUCUGCAGUUUCUUGAAAAAAUCAGAAACAUUUUGAGAUUCUGAUUUUUUUCCAGCCAUUCCCUAUUAUUAUUUUUGCCUCCUCUGUUUCUCUUUGUAAUCUAAAAACAAUACAGAAUAGUUCUCCUGUGCUCCUGUUGCACUUUCCAUUUCAGUGAACAAAGCAUCAGAGAUGGAUCAAAUGAAUUCAGAGGAAAGACAACAUGACUUUGCCUGGGGCUCUACUUCUUCUCUUGGUAGUGUUCUGUCCACAGAAUCCCAUUUGCAGCCAAUAUACGAUAGAAGAUACGUGUCUGGAUACAUGUAUGUACACAUACAAAUAUACACACACAAAACUGAUGACUUCUAAGACUGGGCCAAGUAUAAAGAUGCACUGGGUACUUAUGUGGCAGCAUGAAGUGUAAAGGAGGAUUGUUGAAAGAUGGGUUUAAGGGUCAGGCCCUUCCACCCGAGAAGCAAGUCAAAAAGCUCUUUCAGAGGUUCUUUCAAACUUGCGGUGAAUGCAUUUGGAGUGCAAUUUGUUUUCAGUCCAGGAUUCAUGAAUGUUUUUUAUUAGGAUUCAUGUGAAUGGAUCAGCAUAAUUACAGACUGAUUUUAUACUCUGUGUUUCAGACCAGACUGGUCAACUUUACAGGGCUGUUAUAAGAAUAAUACUGAAGAUCCUUGUGAAGCUUUGGAGGUGCACUUCAUGAUAAUACAUAGACUAUGUAAUAUAAUUGUUGCUAUUUUUCCAAGACAUAUAAAAUCA